AUGGCGCAAUCAGAUGGCAAAUGCAUGUCGACUUAUUUCUCUCGCCGCGCAUCGUUCCGCCUUUUCGUGCCCUGGCGCGCCCCAGUCCUGCCAGCAGAGUCGAGCCCGGCAGGUCAAGUCAACUGCAUCCUCCGCAAGCCGCAGCCAAAGGGCGACGCUUGCCCGCCGCGCCGCCUAACGGGGGUGCCGCUGGCCAAUCCGCGGCCACCACGCUUCAAGGGGCCGAGUAGUCUGCCAACGCAUCCAGAGGCCAAUCGCCGCCGCCAGCCGACCACCAUCUUCGACGUGGACAACCCAUAG